CAAGUUAAGAAUCACUUUCUGCAAGUGUGUGAUUAACUGAUCCUACCAUUUCUGUUGAAAACUCUCGUUUCUGAUUUCUAUCACUUUGCUGAAGAUCAUGGCUUUCAGAUCAAUGAAUCAAUGGCAACGAGUGGUGAGUGGCUUAAGAGGGUAUGCAACCUCAACCUUACCUAAGAUGAGAGCUUAUAACCCAACUGCUAACAUGGCCGAGCAACUGAGCAGUAAGAAGCCCAGGGGAGAUUUUGUGCCUGUGUAUGUAGCUGUUGGGAUGAUAGCACUUUCAGUAUCGCUGGGACUCCACACUGCCAAGCAACAGCUCUUCCACAACCCCAACGUCUUUGUGAAGAAGGAUCGGCGGGAGAUGCUGCCGGAGGUGGUGGAGCCUGACCGUGUGGUGGAGGACGCCGAUAAGUUUCUUAACAAAUCCUUCUUCAGGAAGGUAGCUCAUAUCCAGGAGUCUGACAACCGCGUUAAAUCUGACCCUAUUCAUGGAGAUAUUUAUGCUCAGCGGCCUCGUGCUGUGACUCUCAAAGACGCCGGAGUAGAUCCUAAAAAGGUUGCAGAAGGACUAGACCCUCGAAUUCGUGCUAGACUUGGAGUAGAUCCCAAAAACUAAAGCAGCAGCUACCAAAUGGAAAUCCCGGAAUUACAAGCUCAUUUUUUUUUUUCCUUUAAAUUCUGUUUUUCCGCUUCCUGUUCUUUAUUUUGGCUUGUAUGGGACUGCAACUCUUAAUGUAUAUAUAAGUUCGUUCCUGCUGAAGACAUAAAAGCAAUGCUAUUCAACACAGUGAGAAUCAUGAUGCUC